GCUAGUGUGGUGUGUGUUCUGUAAUCCCUACCCGUAUUCAAACAAAUACCGCCUCCCGGUUUGUGAUUGGUUGACUUUUCAUAACACGAGGAAAAAUCCUUCGAAUUGCGUGUGAGUAUAAAUGGAUGACCAAUCACAACUUAGAGUGUGGUAGCGUACAAGCCAAUCCUUAUGAAGGGGGCGGAGAUUUACGAAUACGGGUAGGAAGUGUUAACCUCCGGUGAGCUGAAGAGACAUGGGUUUCUAAUGACCCUUGAUAUUUUAUUCACGUUUCUAUAGAUAUACAUUUUUUCCCAAUUGCAUGAUGGCUGGAAGUCGACUUGAGAAGGUCGGAACUGUUUUUAGCCGGGUACGAGAUCUCAUGCGUGCUGGAGUCAUCAAAGAGUCUCAGAAACCUGUUUGGUUCGAUGUUUACUCUGCGUUUCCUCCGAAGAGAGAACCCGUCUACGUGAAACCGGCACGAUUUCUGCGUCCGAAAACCGAGGAGAAUGUGCCGGAAAUCUUUUACAAGGAAGAUCAAAUACGAGCGAAAUUCUAUGAGUUGUACGGAAAUGGACCUAAAGUGUUUGACCUCACAAAAACCAGCUUUGUAUCCACCUGCCAGAGGUUUGUGGAGAAGUACAGUGAACUGGAGAGCAGGGGAGAUGUUGAUGCGAAGCCAGAGAUGCUGCUCGACGAGACGGCGAAGGCUCUCCUUGCCGACGGCGUAGUGCUGAGGAGGAGAGGAGGCGGAGCUGCUGUGGCAGCAGAGACACACAAUCCUGUUCUGUCCAUGAAGUUAACCGACAUGUUGGCUGAACAACAAAAAGACACAACUUCUGCCACACACACUCCGGAGGAGCACACGCACACACACACCGCUCCUACUGAUUCUUCAAACACCUUAUAGUGUAAAAAACUAGAAAAAUUCAUGCUCAUUCUGAAUAGAAAUCUGUGUAAUGAAUAUAAAAUAAAUAUGAAGCUUGCAGAGAACCAAGGACGAGUCCAAUGACCUUCCUUCUUUAAUUUUAGUUUGAACAGACAGAACUGAGAUUUGUGUGUGUGUGUGUGGGGGGGGUCCAGACCAUCACACACACGUGUGCAUUUCUUACAGAGAGUUACAAUAAGAGUUUGAAGCACAUAAUUGUAUAUAAUGUCUUUUAAUGCUGUAACAUCACAAUGCUGUUGUACAUGGUGAAGAAGACACAGUGUGUUCAUGUAGUCCAGCAUAGAACCCUAACCUCAACUCCACUGAACACCGUUAGGAUGAAAAAGAAGCACCAGAGUGCAUGAAAUCUCGUAGGAAGCCUUUCCAGCAUAACGGAUGUUACUAUAAAAGCAAUGGAGGAUAAAUCCUAGUAUUUAUUUUCAACAAACGCAAGGUUCAAGUGUCCACAAAUGUUAGCCAUUAUAAUCUAUGAUGUUCUGUUAAUGAAUAGUCAAAUAAAGAGUUUUCAAUAUCA